AUGGCUAAGGUCGUCUUCACCCCAUGGAAAAACAAGUCCCAACUGCUCGAGGUUCGGGCGGAAUUUUACCCUUCACCAUCGUAUGAAGGUCCGGAUCUGCGGUCUCAUGCUUGUGCCUUGGUUGAAGCUUGGAAGCUGCGUGGUAAUAUCCCUCAUCAUGUCGAGGCGACUGCGUUGUUGACGGAUGCUAUUCUUCAUGAUGAUGUACAGAGGAACUCAAUUUUCUCCAUUCGGGCUACUUACUCAGCUGCUUUUUGUCGCUUCGUAACGGGCCUUGUGGACACGAAGAUUCACGGCCAGCGCAGGACCAUGUUCCAGCGCGCCAUGGACCAAGGUCUUCCAGCCUCAUUUGUAGAGCUGCGCCAUGAAGCAACUCACCGCGAGCCACCGUCGCUCAUAGUAUUACGCAAAGCGUCCCAGCGAUCUCUUGAGUGGCUAUGGCAUAACUACUGGGCCGAAAUUGACUCCACUGCUCUCCCAGUUGAAAAUGGCGAAGGCUUCUCUGUCAAAACAGCACUGGAUCGUGUUUUGCGCCAAUGCUCUACUGCUUCAGAGCCGUCCAAGAAGCGGAAACGUGACCAUGACUCGGUCUCUUCGCAGCUUAUUGCUAUCUGUGAUUCGUUGGAGGGAGACAGUGUGCGCAUUUUAGCUUCGACUUUGGUAGAGGGGUAUUUCUUUGAUUCUAAUCGGGAAUUCGGAGACUCCUUGCAAGAUUCAUUCCGCAACUGGGACUCUAUCUUGCAAAAGGUCACUCAAAGCCAUCCUACGUUUUUGACGUAUCUGACAGAAGAGCUUAUACACGGUCUUGUCUUUGCUGACGAUUCACCCGUCAAUGCACAGUCAGAGGCUCGUUAUGAAUGGCUCAGCCAUCUACUAUCUGCACCAUCGUGGGAAUCUCAGCGGCAUAUCAUCCCUCGCGGCUAUAUUCUCACUGCCUGCAAUGAACAUCCUAACCACUGGAGUAAAAAGCUUGGGGACCGUUUGAGGGAGAGUGAGAAGAAGACUAUCGAAUCUCAAUAUGCCGCAGCUGCGACUUCUCAGGAAAAGUCUGUGCAGAAUGGCUCGGUUGUGUCGGAUGAAAUGGUGAAGUUGAGGGAACAUGGAUGGGGGUAUAUUGAGAAGUGGGAUAGUCGGCCGUUGGGCAUCGCGUCCAACUAG